AUGGCUUUUCGAGUUUAUACUAUUACCUUUCUAUUCUUAUGCAUUUUCGUGGCAUCGACCGUUUCGGGUUACAACUCGAAAGACGUGAAAGCGUGGUGCAGCCAAACUCCAAACCCUAAGCCCUGCGAGUAUUUCUUAACCCAAAACUCAAACACAAAACCCAUAAAAUCCGAAUCCGAGUUCCUCAAAAUCUCAAUGAAACUAGCUCUAGACCGAGCCAUACUCGCCAAAACCCAUACGCACACACUCGGACCAAAGUGCCGCGACACACGUGAAAAAGCUGCUUGGGAAGAUUGUAUCAAGCUCUACGACUUCACAAUCUCGAAAAUCAACGAGACGAUGGACCCAAACGUGAAGUGCUCGAAAACCGACGCCCAAACAUGGCUCAGCACGGCUCUAACCAAUCUCGACACUUGUCGAGACGGGUUCUUAGACCUCGGUGUCACCGAUAUUGUCCUUUCUUUGAUGUCAAACAACGUCUCAAACCUUAUAUGCAAUACACUCGCCAUUAACAAAAUUCCAUUCAACUAUACCCCACCCGAGAAAGACGGGUUCCCUUCGUGGGUCAAACCUGGUGACCGGAAGCUUUUACAAAGCUCAACGCCGAGUGAUAAUGCUGUGGUGGCUAAAGACGGCUCUGGCAACUUCAAGACGAUAAAAGAAGCCAUUAACGCUGCUUCGGGGAGUAGGUUCGUGAUCUAUGUGAAGCAAGGCGUCUACAGUGAGAAUCUUGAGAUCCGAAAGAAGAAUGUUAUGUUGAGAGGCGAUGGUAUAGGAAAGACGAUUAUUACCGGAAGCAGAAGUGUUGGUGGAGGAUCGACCACGUUCAAUUCAGCUACUGUCGCGGCGGUCGGUGACGGUUUUAUCGCGCGUGGAAUAACGUUUAGAAACACGGCGGGUGCGAGCAACAGUCAAGCGGUAGCUCUAAGAUCCGGGUCGGAUCUAUCCGUUUUCUACCAAUGUAGUUUCGAAGCCUACCAAGACACACUCUACGUUCACUCCAACCGCCAGUUUUACCGCGACUGCGACGUUUACGGAACCGUCGACUUCAUUUUCGGAAACGCAGCCGCGGUUCUCCAAAACUGCAACAUCUUCGCUCGCCGUCCACGUAGUCGCACCAACACGAUCACAGCUCAAGGAAGAUCCGACCCGAAUCAAAACACGGGUAUUAUCAUCCACAAUUCUCGGGUCACGGCAGCUUCGGAUCUCCGACCCGUUUUGGGAUCCACCAAAACUUAUUUGGGCCGACCUUGGAGACAAUAUUCGAGGACGGUUUUUAUGAAGACUUCUCUCGAUAGUUUGAUUGAUCCACGUGGCUGGCUUGAGUGGAAUGGUAAUUUCGCUUUGAGUACUUUGUUUUACGCUGAGUUCCAGAAUACGGGUCCGGGUGCUUCAACUUCGGGUCGGGUCACAUGGCCUGGGUUUCGGGUGCUUCGUUCUGCUUCUGAUGCUUCGAAGUUUACUGUUGGUAGUUUCCUCGCCGGUGGCUCUUGGAUUCCGUCGAGUGUGCCGUUUACUUCUGGUCUCUGA